CAUUCAUUUCACACCGGAAAGGCAGUAUCAUUCAGCGAUAUUAACAAGUGUGGGUCAGCUUGAUGUCUUGGUUUUGAUGUGGUAAUGUGAUUCGUUCAGAUGCACUUGUGAGCCGGACUUGCGCAGUUGAGGCUGUAAGCUGGAGAAUUUUAAGAUCAUAUUGAGCACUGAAGACUCCACGCGUCUCACUACUGCCGUCGCGAGAGUGUGUGAUUACCCUCAUCAGCGUCGUGAGCGCGAAACGCUCGUCCGGCUGCAGGUGCAUUUACGGAUGCGACGCGUGGGAAAGGGAAGCAUAUGCCCCGCGCUCGCUGACAGCCUCCGUCCAUCUCAGCUGGUAGUAACUUGUGAGCCUGGAGAAUGGCAGGUGCCAAAAAAACCGAGUCGCCGUCCGAAAUCGACCCAGACGUCAAGACCGAAGCCAGGAAAUCCUUCGAGCACAUUUGGCCCAAUGCGGCAGUGCCGAUUCGGACGAUGGGUUCUUUUGAGAGCGAUGCUGGUCAAAGAUACACAGAGGAGUACAGUAUGGAUUCAACCAAUGCACAGGUGCAGGUGGAAUUUUAUGUAAAUGAAAACACUUUCAAGGAGAGGUUGAAGCUCUUCUUCAUCAAAAACCAAAGGUCAAGUCUCAGAAUACGCCUCUUCAACCUCUCCUUGAAGCUGUUAACAUGCCUCCUCUAUAUAAUCAGAGUCUCACUAGAUGAUCCAACUAACCAGGUCCCAUGUGCACGGAAACACUGCACAAACAUUACAGAUGCCCUUUGCAACAAAACCUGUGGCAACUACACAACAAACCUGACUGCAGAUCCCACACAGAUAAACUGGGAGCUAAUAUUCUGGGUGAAUAGGAGAGUUCCUGUAUGGGCAAUACAGGUGACAGUGGCCUUAAUUAGCUUCUUGCAAGCUAUGCUCCUGGUGUAUCUCAGCUACAAGGGGAACAUUUGGGAGCAGAUUUUCCAAAUCUCCUUCAUCAUUGAGAUGAUCAAUACAGUGCCGUUCAUAAUUACAAUCUUUUGGCCUCCGCUGAGGAACAUAUUUGUUCCUGUGUUUCUUAACUGUUGGCUUGCCAAAUCAGCGCUGGAGAACAUGAUUAAUGAUCUCCAUCGUGCCAUUCAGCGCACACACUCUGCCAUGUUCAACCAGGUCCUCAUUCUGAUCUGUACACUGCUCUGUCUGGUCUUUACUGGGGCUUGUGGGAUUCAGCACCUGGAGCGGGCAGGGAAGAGCCUCUCCCUCUUUGAUGCUUUAUAUUUCUGCAUCGUCACCUUCUCGACUGUUGGUUACGGAGAUGUGACACCCAGAAUCUGGCCCUCUCAGCUACUGGUGGUCAUCAUGAUCUGUGUGGCUCUGGUGGUGCUGCCAUUACAGUUUGAGGAGUUGGCGUAUCUUUGGAUGGAGAGGCAGAAGUCAGGUGGAAACUACAGCAGACAUCGUGCUCAGACAGAGAAGCAUGUGGUUCUCUGCGUCACUUCACUCAAAAUAGACCUGCUCAUGGAUUUCCUUAAUGAGUUCUAUGCCCACCCGAGACUACAGGAUUAUUAUGUGGUGAUACUCUGUCCCACUGAGAUGGACAUCCAGGUUCGGCGUAUACUGCAGAUCCCGCUGUGGUCUCAACGGGUUAUCUACCUCCAAGGCUCUGCACUAAAGGACCAAGACCUGAUGAGGGCCAAGAUGGACGAUGCAGAGGCGUGCUUCAUCCUCAGCAGCAGAAAUGAAGUGGACCGCACCGCAGCUGAUCAUCAAACCAUUCUGCGAGCUUGGGCUGUGAAGGACUUUGCUCCAAACUGUCCUCUAUAUGUCCAGAUUCUCAAACCUGAGAACAAAUUCCAUGUCAAAUUUGCAGAUCAUGUGGUGUGUGAGGAGGAGUUCAAGUAUGCCAUGCUGGCCCUCAACUGUGUAUGUCCGGCCACCUCUACGCUGGUCACACUCCUGGUGCACACAUCUCGUGGACAGGAGGGUCAGAUGUCUCCAGAACAGUGGCAGAGGACAUAUGGCCGCUGCUCGGGGAACGAAGUUUACCACAUUCGUUUGAUGGACAGCAAGUUCUUUGGGGAAUAUGACGGGAAGAGUUUUACUUAUGCCUCCUUCCAUGCACAUAAAAAGUAUGGUGUCUGUCUAAUUGGCACAAAGAGAGAAGACAAUAAGAGCAUUCUUCUGAACCCUGGCCCUCGCCACAUCAUGUCUGCCACAGACACCUGCUACUACAUCAACAUCACUAAAGAGGAGAACUCUGCCUUCAUCUUCAAGCAGGAGGAGAAGCACAGCAAAGGGCAGUCGGCCCCCGGUGUGUAUGACGCCCCCUCUCGUCUCCCGGUGCAGAGCAUCAUCGCAAGCAUGGGAACUGUGGCCAUUGACCUGUAGAACCCAGAUCCCCCGGCUGACAGCAGUAAACUGGCCCUGCCCACAGAGAAUGGAGCUGGGAGCCGUAGACCCAGCAUUGCCCCUGUGCUAGAGAUCGCCGAUUCCUCUGCAAUCCUGCCUUGUGAUCUUCUCAGUGACCCCUCAGAAGAUGAGACCAACCAAUCGGAUGAUGAAGGAGGACCAGCUUUAGAGUGGAUUAGAGGCUAUCCUCCAAACUCCCCUUACAUUGGAAGCUCCCCAACACUUUGUCACCUUUUGCAACAAAAGGCGCCAUUUUGUUGCUUACGACUUGACAAGGGUUGUCGACACAAUAGCUUUGAAGACGCCAAGGCAUAUGGGUUCAAAAACAAGUUGAUUAUUGUUUCUGCUGAAACUGCAGGAAAUGGCCUGUACAACUUCAUAGUGCCACUGCGUGCCUAUUACCGACCCCGGAAGGAGCUGAAUCCCAUUGUGCUGCUGUUGGAUAAUCCACCUGAUAAUCAUUUUCUUGAAGCCAUCUGCUGUUUCCCUAUGGUGUACUACAUGGCUGGUACCAUUGACAAUUUGGAUAACCUGCUGCAGUGUGGCAUCAUCUACGCUGAUAACCUGGUAGUGGUAGAUAAGGAGAGCACUAUGAGUGCAGAAGAAGACUACAUGGCAGAUGCUAAAACCAUAGUCAAUGUGCAGACCAUGUUCAGGUUGUUUCCUAGUCUCAGCAUAAUCACCGAGCUAACCCAUCCUUCUAAUAUGAGAUUCAUGCAGUUUCGUGCCAAAGAUUGCUACUCCCUGGCUCUCUCCAAACUCGAAAAGAUAGAGAGAGAUAAGGGCUCUAAUCUGGCCUUCAUGUUCCGCCUCCCAUUCGCUGCAGGCAGAGUGUUCAGUAUUAGUAUGCUGGAUACUCUUCUUUACCAGUCUUUUGUGAAGGACUAUAUGAUUCUCAUUGCAAGACUCCUGCUGGGUCUAGACACCACCCCGGGCUCGGGCUACCUCUGUGCUAUGAAGGUAACAGAAGAGGACCUGUGGAUCCGGACGUACGGAAGACUGUUCCAGAAGCUGUGUUCAUCCAGUGCAGAAAUUCCCAUUGGGAUAUACCGCACUGAAUCUCACAUGUUUUCUUCCUCAGAGUUUAAGGAGGUUUGCAAAAAGUCUCAGGUGUCUGUGGAGGACUCUGAGGACCCGCGCGAUCGCAGGGAAUCCUGGAAAGAGAAAACCGCCCACAGAAACUCCACAGGGAGCGACCAAUCAGAGCACCCACUCCUGCGGAAGAAGAGCAUGCAGUGGGCGAGACGGCUGAGCAGAAAAAACGCCAAACCGCCCAGUCGAGUUGAACGCAUCAAUCAGCAGCGCCUAAAUCUGUACCGGCGCUCAGAGAGACAGGAGCUGUCAGAGCUGGUGAAGAACCGCAUGAAGCACUUAGGGCUGCCCACUGUUGGAUACGAGGAUGUAGCUAAUUUAACUGCAAGUGAUGUGAUGAACCGAGUAAAUCUAGGAUAUUUGCAAGAUGAAAUGAAUGAUAAUCAGAACACGUUAUCAUAUGUGCUGAUAAACCCUCCUCCGGACACCAUUCUAGAGCUCAAUGACGUUGUCUACAUAAUCCGUUCUGAUCCGCUGGCACACGUCCCUGAGAAUCUCCCAGGGGCUCCGGCCGGAGUGAAGCUACGUCAAGACUAUGGACCUGAGUCGAGGGAUGAGACCCAUCUGUAGGAACUAGAAGUUCCUGUUAACCGUCCUUCCCUCCCUCCUCCGUCUUGAGCUGCUACAGGCUGCAUGAAGAGUGAAAGGACACACAACCGACCACACAGACACGACCCAUGUGCCAACACAUUCACAACCCAAGCUGCCCAACCAAGCCAAAUAGCUCUGUAACAGUAGAACUGAAACACUUUACAGAUUCCUCUUUUCUAUGACACAGACAUACAGAAUCUCCUGGCACAUUUCAGACUUCUCUGUUACAUUUUUGUAUUUGAGACUUGGCUCAGUGCAAGUGUGAAGUGUUGAAUCAGUUUGGACCAAACAAGCUGUCCAAGGACUUUGGAUUUAUAGGGCAGUGUAUAUCAGAAGCAUUACAUAAAGCAGUAUUUAAGAGGGCAGCUAAAAACAGAAGGAAAAAAACAACAACUAUUACAUCAGUCAGCUAACCCGAGUGGACCUGAACACUGGAUAGUCAUACAUGUGGGGUAUUUCAGUAUGACAUUGAACAGAAUUAGUUUACAUCAGUGCUAUAUUUUGUACUUAUAUAGCACGAAUAUAGUAUAUAUUAAUAUAUUUGUAUAUAAGUUGGCCACAUAUUUCACAUGCUCAGUGACUUUAGUAUUCACAGUAUUUUGUUGUUUUAUUCCUCGAAGCACAAAGGGUUUUAGAUUUGAAAUUGCUCAUCUCAAGCUGAAGCUUUUACAUGUGAUUGAACACCAUGAUUUACUGUAAAUCACUGUCAUUUAUCACUACAAAUGUUAUCAUACACCCGUUUAGAAUCUAGAUCAAGGUCUUUGCCGUACGAUGUCAAAUUUGCAGCCAAAAAAUGGAACCUAUUCUGCAGAAAACGCAUUGAAGAGAUGCCAAAUGUUAAUAUACUUAAGAUCAAUAUUAAAAGAGGUUUGGUGUCAAACUUUUGAAUUAUGUUUGGGUUAUACAAUAGAAAAUGUUAGAUUUAAUAUGUACUGUUGGUGACCAUUGUUUUUCGGUGUCAUUUAGCCAACAAAUGUGUUUUUUUGUUGUUGUUGUUGUUGUUUAGUUUUUCUCUUUAAAAUACAUUUGUAUUUCUAAAAAUAUUCAAUUACUUUAUUUUUUUAUUUCAGUGUGCACAAUGUAUGUUACUGCUCAUUUUGGACAAAAAGGUAUAGCUAUAUGUUAUAUGUCUAUAUAAAUAUAUAGUGAGUGCACGAGGGAAACAUUUGAAUUUGCCGAUUUUAUUGCACUAAGCUCUGUUGAUAGAGCAGUACAUAGUAACCCUUUAAACUUCAU